CGGUUCUAGAAUUUUUAAAGUACCUGAGUUUUGUGCUUGAAAAUUCCUAUUUUAUAAUCUUAUCAAAAACGACAACAAAAGCAAAUCGAAGAAACGGUCCAGCUUCAACGUUAUCGUUCACAACUCAUGGUCAAACUCUGAUUCUAUCGUUUCCAUUUCGAAUUUCGAAUUUCGAAUUUUAAAUUUCGUUCAAAUCCCCCAGAUUGUUAUAUUGGAUUAACUAGGGCUUCAUAUCGGUUGUAAGCUAGAGGGUACUUCUGGACUUCUACCAUUUAAGUUUAGCAAUUUAGAUUUUAAACAUCAAAAUGGGAAAUUGCGUGACUAAGCCUGAAACUGAUGGAUAUGAUUCUGAUAAGAAUGUCGAGUUUUCUGGCGGGAAUGUGCACCUUAUCACUACCAAGGAGUCUUGGGAUCAGAAGAUGGCAGAAGCAAGUAGGGAUGGCAAGAUUGUAAUUGCAAAUUUCAGUGCAACAUGGUGUGGUCCUUGUAAGAUGAUUGCGCCAUUUUACGUUGAAUUAUCUGAGAAAUACCCUUCUCUUAUGUUCAUAGUGAUUGAUGUUGAAGAACUCACUGAGUUCAGCACUUCAUGGGAUAUCAAAGCCACUCCUACUUUCUUCUUUCUUAGAGAUGGACAGCAAAUUGACAAGCUUGUAGGAGCCAACAAGCCAGAGCUUCAGAAGAAGAUUACUGCAAUUAUAGAUUCAACUUCCCAAUAUCCAAAAUGACCUAUAUGCUUGCUUCUAUGUAGCGAGAGAGGCUGCAGAAUGUUCUGGAUGCACUUGAGUAUUCUGGAUGCUUCGCUGUUUGUUUGCUUGUUUUUUUCCCCCUUUGGCAUGUAAAUAGCACUAUUAUAGGAGUAUUGUUCAGUUUUCUAGUUAUUUUUUGGGCUGAAAUUAUUGUUUCUAAACCUGAGAAUCAGUUUAACUCUUGUUUUUCCUGAGACAGUUGUAGUGGUUGAUGUUACUUGUAUUAUGCCUAGAGUUAAAGAAUU